ACACGGUAUCUUUACGUUAACUUACCUGGAACCGUAAGCUUACCCCGUAAUAAUAACGACCAAUUACGAACAGGGACGUCUGGUACGUACUACAGGUAGGCUUUAUCCAGGUGUGGUAUAUAAGGCAGGUGGGUUGUAGUAGAGAUUUAGAAUUGCACCUGUAUACGCAAUAGUAAGGUUGGAUAAAGCUUAACUGUUAAAAUCCUGUAUUAACGGGUAUACUUCCUACUGUAGUAUCCGAGACAGCACCGAGGAUAUUCUACUUCAAUAUAUAUAACUAGUUCUGGUCAAGUGGUCAUCUAUGACAAUGGUCAAGACGUCUGGACAAGCGAUGGAGGAACAGGACCAUUAUUAUGCUUCUAUAGACUUUUCAAAUGCAUGUCGUGAAUUUUACAUGGACAGACAACGAGUGACAGAAAACUUUAAGGAAGAAAUGGGAAAACAGGAGGAAAAUAAAAAGACAGAAGGAAGAAGUGAAAAACCAAAGUGUUUCAUGGACUCAGCAAUGGAUAAAUUAAGACAAGAGAUGGCUGGACUUAUGGACCAGGAUCUGUCCCUGAUGAAACAGUUACUGACUCUAAACGAGACAAUAGAGGAAAUCAAAUUCAAACGACGUCACGGGGGUGCCAAGGACUUGGGUGCCAGCUCGUGUGAAAUCAAUGACAUUUCUACCACAAACUUGUCAUCCUCCAUGUCUUUACCGGGUAUCGUCAUUUCCAAAUGUGAUUCGAACACCACCACAGACUUUUCCGCGCCUAAGCCACAGCACCCAGUUAAUUCUAGUCUUUUACACGCCAACUGGAAGUCAUGCGAUCUCAGUUCCCAGUAUGGCCAGGUUUUCGCGAGUGACUCUGGAUACGAUGAAAUCUACUCUACGGAGGAGUCUGGUUCAGAUGAGGAAACUACAGUGUGAGCGCAUAGACAGAGAACAUCAUAUCAUUUCAUGUCAUAUGGAAAACUGAUAUAUCAUGUAAUGUCUUCUUGUAAGGAUAACACAUUGGAUAUUUCUCAAACCAGCAUCAUCCUUGUAAUAGUGCUGUACUAGGGAAGGCAGUACCAGAACCAAAUAGGACUGCCAAAACCAAAUACGAGAUUCAACAGAACAUUUUGAUCAGUUUGGGAAUGUUUUGGAGAGAGUGGCUUAAUACCCUCUAGUAGCAGCAGAUAAAUCCGGAUAUAACAACUCAUGGUGAUUAGUGAACGGAGACGUGUCAGACGAGAGUGACGAGCAGACGACAGCGUCGACGCUGUUGAGUGAAUUACUCCGAUACUUAAUGGAAACUAGAAAGCAGAAAGUGAUCACGUGACGACAGGAUGCCGAACAGAACCAGACAUAAUACGGAAAGGGUUUGGAAUAAUCAAUCCAUACCGGUCUGGAGAUACUGUCGUGCGCUGAUUGGCUGAAUUAACUUUUGUCACCGGAUUUAUAACUGUGUCAUGAAUUCAAGUGGACUCUUCAAAAUACGAAUCUGAUAAAUGGACAAAUCAGAACUGUGACUUUUCUCGUUGAAUCGGAUUAUCAUAAAAGUUUACGAGAUAAUGGUUAGACUGACCCUGC